AUGGAAGUGCUUGUUUAUUUAGACACCAUAUUGGUCACCUUGAGCCUCUUCCUUCUAAUAAGUUACCAUACAUAUUUAUGGCAUACCUUCAAGACCAAGCCAUCUCAUACAACCAUUGAAAUUGACUCAAUCAGAAGAAGAACAUGGUUUCUAGAAAUUAAGGAGAGUGAUGGUUUGAAGGCUAUGCUGGCAGUCCAAAGCUUGAGAAACACUCAAAUGGUGGCAAUAUUCACAGCUUCAAUAGCAAUUGCCUUUAGCUUGGCCUUGGCUGCUCUGACCAACAAUGCCUACAAUGCAAGCCACCUCUUAAUCGAAAGCCCCCUUUUCGGUUCACAGUCUGGAAGAAUGUUUGCUCUCAAGUAUGGCUUUGCCUCAGUUAUCUUGCUGUUUAGUUCAUUAUGCAGCUCUAUGGCCACCGUGUUCUUCAUUGAUACCAUUUUUCUCAUCAACGCCUCUGCUGAGUUCUCAUCUUCUGGAAUUACACAAACACUAUUUGAAAGAGGAUACAUGUUGGCUCUCAUAGGCCACAGGUUGCUCUGUAUCUCAUUUCCCCUUAUGUUGUGGUUGUUUGGUCCAGUGCCUGUGGCAUUGUCGUCCCUGGCCUUGGUUUGGUGGCUCUCUGAGCUUGAUUUUGUUGGGAAAUUCAACAAAAGCAAUAGGCAAAGUCUCAGUUGA